AUGUCUGGCAAGGUGUUGCUAUUUUCCCAAAGCUCUGUGGAGCCUGCUUUGAUCAUUCCGUCGACAAACACUCAACCAUCUGUUCAAAUAUCCUACCGCGACCUCCAUGAAGCCACCGCCAGAGCACAAAGCCAGCUUGCAGACCUAGGAAUUGGUCCCGGCAGUCGAGUCGCUUUAGCCAUUCGGAAUCGCAUUGAAUUUGUGAUCAUUCUUCUGGCUCUUGCUCGACAGCGCGCAACGGCAUCGCCAGUCAAUCCUGACUUUGCAUUGAGAGAGAGCUCUGAGCUUUUGGGAUACAUGAAACCCGCCUUCACCUUUGUUGAAGCCAAUACCAAAAGCGCCGUCUCGGAUGCCAACAUUAUCGAGGCCUCUAAGCUCCAAGGUGUUCCUGUCGUGAAGGCCGCUUGGGACAGCCAAGCAGGCAAAAUUGAAAUCAUCACAGAUGAUGAGCACCAGAGUGUCCCUGUAGUACCUACUCCAGAUAUCCAAAGUGAUGACGCUGUUCUUCUACAUUACACGAGUGGAACGACUGGGCUCCCCAAGGCUGUAGCAUUGACACACAAGCACAUCAUUGCUUCCUGCGAUAUCAUAAUCAAAGCCCAUGAAUUGUCGUCACAAGACCGUACUAUGUUGGUCGCACCAAUGUUCCAUGUAGGCGGAACUUGCUCCUCACUCUUCUCGACGCUGUGCUCUGGUGGUUGUGUCAUCAUCCCUCCCUCGCUCUCCGGUACCUUCUGGCAUCAGUUCAAAGACUACGAGGCAACUUGGUACCAUGCGGUUUCGACGCUGCACCGUCUUCUUCUCUCAUUUCCGAGACCAGCGGAGCCCCCGAUGAUUCGUUUCGUUCGCUCUGGUGGGACAGGUAUCUCCAAAGACUUGGUCCAGUUGCUGGAAAAGGAACUGAGCUGCCCGGUACUAGAAGGGUAUGGAAUGACGGAAACUGCGCAGGCUGUCUUUACUAAUAAUCUUCGGCACACGGUACGAAGAGUCGGCUUCUAUCCUAUCCCAGAAGAAAUCAGCGUCAAAUUCUUAGUUCAGGAUAAAGAGGGCAUAUCAAGCCUGAUCUUCGAGCCUGGAGUGCAGGGUGAAAUCUGUGUUCGAGGCGAUUGUGUGAUUGAUGGAUACUCUGACUUCCCUGAGGCCAACAAGGAGGCAUUUUUCGAUCACUACUUCCGGACCGGUGAUGUUGGAAUUGUUGACAGUGACGGCUUUCUUCAGGUGACUGGACGGAUCAAAGAGAUGAUCAAUAAAGGAGGGGAGAAGAUCAGCCCUCAUGAGAUUGAGGAGUUGAUGAUGAGCCAUAACGCGGUUAAAGAGGUCGCUUGUUUCCGCGUUGAAGACCCUGCUUACGGCGAGGAAAUCGGAGUUGCUAUCGUUCCUCACGAGGAUCACAUCCUGAGUGCUUUGGACAUCAAAAAAUUUGCCAGACAGAAUGCUACGCUUUUCAAAGUCCCCAAAAAGGUAAAAGAUAUUGAUAAAUCUGCUUUCAUGUUCACAUUUCCCACACUCUUUACUUAUCAUAUCAUUGAUAGGUUGUCUUUUUGCCUUCGCUUCCUUUGA